UGAAGGGCCUGUCUCAUUAGCAGACGGUGACAUUUACACUGUGUCCCGCCUACAAGGCGUGGAAUAGUGUCUCCUUUCCAAAAGUAUCUCACAGGAGCGAGGGAGAGAGGGAUACUGAGAGCAUCAUCGAUGGCCCAGUCACAGGGGGAGCUGACUCAGUGGUUUCUACUGCAGAGCUGUGAGAGUGAUUGACCCCCUCAACACUUCUCCGUUAGGGUGCUGUGACAACACAGCCAUGCCGCCCCCAGCUGACAUCGUGAAGGUGGCUAUUGAAUGGCCUGGUGCUAAUGCUCAGCUUAUAGAGAUGGACCAGAAAAGACCAUUGUCCUCAAUAAUACGGGAAGUAUGUGAUGGCUGGUCUUUAUCAGGCUCUGAGCAGUUUGCUCUGCGCUAUGCUGAUGGGCCUCAGCUUUAUAUCACUGAGCAGAGCCGCGGUGAAAUCAAGAACGGGACCAUCCUUCGCUUAGCCAUUUCACCUGCUCGUGCUGCUCGUCAGCUCCUGGAGAGGAUCCAGUCCCACGGUAUCGAUGCUCGCCUGGAGGCUCUAAAAGAGCUCGCCAAGCUGUCUGCAGACCCAACCUUCGCUGCAGAGUUCAUCAAUAUGGAGGGCAUUGGGACGCUGGCACGUCUUGUUGAAAGUGGCACACACUUUGGUGAAAUGCUGGCCUUCACUCUCACUGCCUUCCUGGAGCUAAUGGAUCACGGCAUUGUGUCUUGGGACCUUAUCUCCCUGUCCUUCAUCAAACAGAUUGCAGGCUAUGUGAACCAGCCGAUGGUGGAUGUGUCCAUCUUGCAGCGCUCUCUAGCGAUCCUGGAGAGCAUGGUUCUCAACAGCCACAGCCUGUACCAUCGGGUGGCACAGGAGAUCACCGUGGGACAGCUCAUCGGGCACCUGCAAGUGUCAAACCAGGAGAUCCAAACCUACGCCAUCGCCCUCAUCAAUGCUCUCUUCCUGAAGGCACCAGAGGACAGACGGCAGGAGGAGUAUACUAACCCGUUGGAGCAGCACCUCACUGAAAUGGCGAGCACUUUGGCUCAGAAACACCUGCGAUCCAUCAUCCUCAAUCAUGUUAUCAGAGGAAAUCGACCAAUCAAAGCAGAAAUGGCGCAUCAGCUGUACGUGCUACAGGUACUGACCUUCAACCUUUUGGAGGAACGAAUGAUGACCAAAAUGGACCCAAAUGACCAGACACAGAGAGACAUCAUUUUUGAGCUGCGUAGGAUUGCUUUCGAUGGAGAAAAUGACCCGACUGGAACAGAAAAGAGAAAGGCCAUGUACACCAAGGACUAUAAGAUGCUGGGCUUCACUAACCAUGUGAAUCCAGCCAUGGACUUUACCCAGACUCCUCCGGGAAUGUUGGCUUUGGACAACAUGCUUUACCUUGCCAAGGUUCACCAGGACACGUACAUCAGGAUUGUCCUGGAAAACAGCAGCCGCGAGGACAAGCAUGAAUGUCCCUUUGGCCGCUGUGCCAUCGAACUCACUCGGAUGUUGUGCGAGAUCCUUCAGGUUGGAGAACUGCCUAAUGAGGGCUGCAACGACUACCACCCCAUGUUCUUCACUCAUGACAGGGCGUGGGAGGAGUUCUUCUGUGUCUGCAUUCAGCUGCUCAAUAAAACCUGGAAGGAGAUGAGGGCCACAGCUGAGGACUUCAAUAAGGUCAUGCAGGUGGUCCGUGAGCAGAUCACCAGGGCUCUGGCGAUGAAGCCGUCGUCUUUAGACCAGCUGAAAAAUAAACUUCGAGGCCUCAACUAUUCAGAGAUCCUGCGUCUGCGGCAGUCAGAGAGAAUGAGUCAGGACGACUUCCAGUCUCCUCCCAUCAUAGAGCUGCGGGAGAGAAUUCAGCCCGAGAUCUUAGAGCUCAUCAAGCAACAGCGACUCAACCGGCUCUGUGAGGGGAGCUGUUUCCGCAAGCUGGGGAACCGCCGAAGGCAAGAGAAGUUUUGGUUCUGCAGACUCUCCCUGAAUCACAAAGUGCUGCACUAUGGAGACCUUGAUGAGUCACCCCAGGGUGAAGUGCCUUUUGAGCUACUCAGUGACAAGAUCCCCGUCUCUGACAUCAAGUCCGUGGUGACCGGAAAGGACUGCCCUCACAUGAAAGAAAAAAGUGCUCUGAAGCAAAACAAAGAGGUGCUGGAGUUAGCCUUCUCUGUCCUCUAUGAUCCCGAUGAGACACUCAAUUUUGUUGCACCCAACAAAUAUGAGUACUGCAUCUGGACUGACGGGCUGUGUGCGCUGCUGGGCAGAGAGAUGGGCAGUGACCUGACGCGCAGUGACCUAGAUACUCUCAUCAGCAUGGAGAUGAAGCUCCGCCUCCUUGACCUUGAGAACAUCACCAUCCCAGAGGCCCCGCCCCCCGUGCCAAAGGAGCCUAGCUCGUAUAACUUCACCUACAACUACAGCUGAGAUGUGUGCGUGUGUGCGUGUUUGCAGUGCAUGUGUGUGUAUAUCUCAAAGAUGAGUAUACUCAAUCUUUUGAUGAAUUUAGCUGCAGAUGUGUGCACCGGAAAAGAUUCCUUUGAUUUUUUAUUGAUUUUUUAUUUUUUAACAUUUCAGAACCCUGGAGACUUCUCUCCAUCCGUGUUUGUGAUGCUGUACGGUUCGUCAAGUAGGAGAAAUAUGUUUAUAGCUUCACAGGGAGUUUGGAGGGUCAGGGUCCACCACAGAGCAGUACUCCUGGAGCUGGUAGAGAUUCAGCAAGUGAAUCUCAUUUAUCAUUGCCGUCUCCAGGCAACGUCUCUCUCAGUCUUUGCUAGGUAAAGGCAUAAACCUGCCUAUAAAGUGAAGGAAUACUGUGCCUGAUGGGGAAUGUGGAUGAAAAGCUAUCAGCAAAUUAGUCUUUAAUCAAAAAAAUUUUAGUCAAAUUCCAGCCUGACUGGUCAGUCAUGCCAAGCGUGUGGUUUCCAUGGCAACGGAAGAUGAAGCUGCCACCAUUCCAAUUUUAACACUGUGCUCACUUUGAUUCGGUCUGUCCCUCCGCAUGAUGGGCACACGGUGAUACAUCACACAGAGAAGAGUGAGUGGGCUGAGAGUUUGCGCACUCACACACUCUCCUGAAAUGAGAUUCAGUCAGUGUCUUGCUUAAGGUCACUUUGGAAGGAGGGAGAGUUGAUGUCAGGGGGGAUUGAACAUGACGUUCCUGGUUAAAGGACAGUCCCCGUAAUCAGUGCACUGUCCUGCUGCACAUUGAAGUCUCAUUAAUGAUAAGAUAUCUGACCUGCAGUUCAGUGUUGAAAGUAAAAAAAAUGCUUAAAUUCAGUGAUAAAGAGAUCUAGAAAUGUGAUUAAAAACCUACUUCUGUAAAGCAGAAGCAUAUAAGGUGUAAGGGUAAUAUUUAGUGGUAUUUUUUUUUAUCAUUUCUGCCAUACUGGGACACAGAGGCCUAGGGCUGUAACUAACAAUUGUUUUUAUGGUAUCAUGAACUGAUCAUUUGAUCUUUGAAAAACAUAAAUUUGUGGAUUUGCUCAUCACCAUUUCCAUUUAGUUCUCAAGUUAACAUGUUUAAACAGCUUGUUUUGUUUGACUCAUGUUCCAAAACCAAAAGAAACACAGUUUAUUCUUGUGGAAGACAAAGAAAACCAGCAGAUAGUCGUAUUUGAGAAGCUGGAACAAGUGAAUUUUGGUCUUUUAAGUUAAGCGUUUGUCAACAUUUAAGCAGAUUAAUUGCCCACCCAUCAGUAAAUCAAGUAUGACUCGAAUUGUUUCAGCUGCACUAAAGUGGUGCUGUCAGCAUAUGUGUCUUUGCAGCGUCUGUUUACUCAACAUGCAUGCUGCUUUAGAUCAUUUGACUCACUUCUCUCCUCAAACAUCUUUUCAUAGCAGGUUAAACAGUGAGUAGAUACAGCCCACUGCACUGAAACUGUUCAAGUAUGUGGUGUGAAGAUAGAUACUCUUGCCUACUGCAUGUGUCUGUUAGUGUGUAUUCAUGUGUGUGUGUGUGUGUGUGUGUGUACGUGUGUGUGUGUGUGUGUGUGUGUGCAGGUUUUGAGGUUUAGUGUUAGUUGUUUAUGUUGAGACAUGAGGAAUAAUGUAAAUAUUUCAUCAGUGUGAUGCUUAUGGAAGUUGCGCUGACUUCCAACACAUUAAAAAACACGAGUGACUCUUUUGUGUUGAACCACAGUCACUGCAUUGCCUUAUCAGUCAAAGACACCAUAUUUUGGGUAACAUUAGCAUUUAUAAUCAGUAUAAUCAUGAAUGGUUUAUAACACAUUGUUAUAACACACUAUAAUGUGUGUUUAUUAAUGUAUUUGUUAACAACUAUGAAUUGAAUUUGAAAUACUUAAUUGAUCCUCUAAAGGAAAAUUGGGUCAUGAUACAGUUUUAUAAUUAUAUUUGUAUAUGUUUACAUUUAAGUUGUAUUUACACUUAGUGGAAUUCCCCCCCAAAAAAGUAUAUAAACGUAUAUGCAUUAUACAACUAUAUAUAUAUAUGUAUAUAUAAAAAACACUAUAUAUAGAAAAUGAAAAUAGAAAAUAAAUACUAACAUAAAUAUGUAAAAGGAAUAUCUGCUUCAUACUAUAUACACUAUCAAACAUUAAUUAACUGCUGAAACAGCAGUUAAUCAAUGUUUGAUAACAGUAAAAGUAGUUUAAUUAUUAUAUAAUCAUACCUAUAUCUGUUUUAUUGCCAUUCUGUUGCCAGGGUAACAGCUUUGGUCCCUCUUUACUUCCCAACAGCUACUAAACUAUAAAAGAAGAAAAGGACAUGACAUCAGUGACAGUGUUCGAAUUUCGCGUAGGAGCCAGACUUUGGUGUUCAGUUCUAUUGGAGUGUCAGUUCUAUUGGAGUCAGUGGGGCCAGCUCAGCACAUCACAUUAUAACCCUUUGUUGUUUCACCUUGGACUGAAAAAUUGUUCUGCCAGAUUCAAAAACACACAUUAGGUGAUGUUGACUGACAUUUUUUAUCUAAAUGUGUGUGUUUGUUCUCCUUGGUAUUGGUCUCCAAAUGGAUCAAGCUACAGCUCAAGCCCCUGUUGUUAGUGGGUACAUUACUAAACUGUUCAUUUUGAAUAACAUUAAGGAGGAAUAAUGUUGGAUAAUGUUUCCUUUACUUGUCAGGAGGUGGUGCUAAAUUGCCAAAUUAUUUUAAAUCUGGACCUUCUUCGUUUACCAAUACUGAAUUAAGUUAGCAUUUGCUCUUUGUUAAGCUAACGUUAGCUAGCAAUCUCUGCUCAGUCGCCCUAUAUUAAUUUGGGUCGAAAUGUUACAGCCUCUUUAGCUUAAUUUCUGUCAUGACAUAUGUGAGCUAGCUAAUUAAUGUUAGAUGACUAAAUUUAGGAUGCAUGCAAAUCACUAAGACAUACUACAAAGCAUUAAAGAACUUACCAAGCUUGUCUAUGUAUCAUGAUGUAACGUUAGGUAUCUUGGACCAAACAGGGGCUUGAAACAGAUCUGUGAUCUGUUUGGGGACCAAUAACAAGCCAAACAAACAUGCAUGUUCAGAUUAAAAACAUCACUGCGCAUCACGUGUGUUUUUUAUCUUGAGGAGAGAUUUUUCAUUCAAAGAUGAAACAACAAAGAUAUGAUGGAUUACAGUGAUUUGCUGUGCCUGCCCCAUUCACUUCAGUAGAACUAAAACCAAAGUCUGGCACCAACGCAAAAUUCAAAUGUUGUCACUGAUGUCAUGAUCUUAACUUCUUUUAUAUUUUCAUUGACAGCUACUGCAUUCAUAAACAUUGCAACAGGAAAUACUCUUGUGCCGCGUUCAAACGGGGUCGUGUUUACCGUGUUCACGAGAAGAGUCCAUAUGAACGCCCCCCUCUUGUGGUAUUCACAACCUAGUAAGUGGAAAUUUUUAUAGAGCUCCGAGUUCACAACUUUGCAAACACAUCCCAUGUUGUGAACACGAGUUCACUUUGAAUGCAGCAUCGGACCCAUUCAGAAUGUUUGUGUUGUUACUUGGCUUAUGGUUAUCAUAAAUCAUUUAACUUUUUACAUUACCUGUAUACUGUAUACAUACACAGCAGGACUAAAAUGAUCUAAAGGUGUCUUUAAAACUACUGUAAAUACGAUAAUGUAUGAUUACAGCUAUGUUAUAGUGUAUUACCAAACAUUGAUUAAAUUAUGAAUGCUUCAUACGGUAAGUAACAACAAAGACAUUAUAAACAAUUAAUAUAUCUGCUACAACUAGAGUAUAGUGUCUUAUAAACCAUUUAUUAAUUGUUUAUUUACUGCUCAUAAAUGCUAAAUGAGGUUUGGGUUCAAUAUUUAGAGUGACAAGUUACAGUGGUGUUUUUUCUUUUCGCUAAAACAACCUUACCUGACAUUCCAACAGUGUUUGAUGCCCCUUGUGUUGCAGCAGUUUUAAGGCUUGAUUUCAGACUUGCUUUUGUCACGCUGCACAGACAAAUGGGACAAAAGAGCAUCUCUGUUGGCCUGUUUCAGUUAAUGUGCCAGAAACGUGACCCUCAAAUGAACAGAAGCAGGUCAGAAACAGCUGAGUGACAUAGCCCUGGGCAUUGGGGACAUCUAGUGCUGCUCAUGUAUUGUAUGAGCAGACUGUAUUGUGAGCUUUGUAUACAGUGGUUUGAGGUAUAGUACAAUUGCUUGAUGUCAUUUUCUUAUGCUUUUUGUGCGUUUUGUUGAUGUCACUUAAUGUCUCAUCAGUGUCUUAACCAUUACUAAUCACUACUGUCACUUGUUAAUGCAGAAUAGAAUAUAUUUUUGUAAAUGAUUGUACAAUCUUAUCAGCUGUGAAGAGAAUGGGUAACAAGCUAACAGCAAUUUCACUCUGUGUCACUCUGUACAGCAUGUUCAACACGCUCAUUACCUUGGAAGGACAUUUAACACUAAAAAAAAAAGUUUUUGGUCUUCACAUUUUUUAAAGUCACAGCCAUGUAUUUCAUACUGCAGUCACCUCAUGUUGUUUAGGAAUGACACUCACUCCAGCACCUAAUGAUGAUGUCAGUGUUAAUGUACCUUAUAAUGCAAGUGGGAAAUAUGGAGAUUACUGUUGAUGCUGUUUGUGAAAAGGAAUAUAUUUGAUUUUUUUUUUUUUCGAAAUACUGUUUUUGCUGUUUGUUUUUUAACUGAGGUCGAAGGUUGUAAAGGUUCCCUGUGGAGUUUCAGACCUCUAGAGGUGCUGUGGACCUGUUUCUCCUUCAGUGAGUCCCUGUUUAGUUUGUCUAGUGCACGCAAACGAAGGUGCACAUGCAGUACGCAUUCCUGUGUGGUUUCAUGGUACUCCACUGACCAACAGGUGGCAGUAAUUCAACAAGAAAUGCAGCAAUGUGCCAGAAAGGAAAAGUAGAAGAAGACCACAAGCUCUCAAACAUGAUGUAAACAGUAUUGGAUUUGAAAUCCUUAUAAAAAUGGACUUGCCAAUGCCAUUGCUGUUAGACCUGAAGGAUACACACGAUGUAUUUCACUGAGUAACAGUGAAUGUAUACAUAAUCGUUGUUUGUUUACAAGAAAACUCCACAGGGCCCCUUUAACAGCUUAAAAAAAAAGUUAUUUUAUAUUCCAGCAAGUCAUCGAACUGCAGCUAAAAUAUAUCACUAACCACAAAAUACCACAGUGAGUAAAGGAUUGUUGCAUUGGAUGUACUAAUAGUAUGACUUGAAGUUUUCGCAUCUGGUACUCUUUUACAUGACUUGCUAAACUAUUUAUUUACACUUGCUAGUGAUAGUAAAGAAUGACAUGUUGUUAGUUAAGAAAUAACAACAUUAAAUCUAAAUAUGGUAUACAUAUAGAUCAUUGUAUGUAUAUACAGUAUUGUGUUGCCUUAUUGAAGAAAAUGUAUUAUGUUUUGUGUGAAU